UUAUUGAUAGCAUGUUGUAAGGCGACUUGAUUAUUUUGUAGCUUAAUGCAAUUUUUUUAUCGAACCGCAAAGUUGAAUACGUGAGCAAUAUAAAUAAAGCCGUGAAAGCAGUAGAGGGAUAUAAAAAAAUUCGGCCGACAUUGAAAAAAUAGAACAUUUUUUAAACAUUUAAUUUAUAUAUUCUGUGGAUAUAAUGAUGACGGAAAAGCUAUCUUCUGGGCGCACCAAUCUAACAAGCAAAGGAAUUAUAAAUGAUCUUCAAAUAUCUGGAAACACAAGCGACGACGACAUGGGCUGGAAGUCGAAGCUGAAGCUGCCGCCAAAGGAUAACCGUUUCAAAACCACUGAUGUGACCGAUACUCGCGGAAAUGAGUUUGAGGAAUUUUGCUUAAAAAGAGAACUGCUUAUGGGUAUUUUUGAGAAGGGUUGGGAGCGCCCUUCGCCGAUUCAAGAAGCUGCUAUUCCUAUAGCUUUAAGUGGAAAGGAUGUCUUGGCUAGAGCCAAGAACGGUACCGGAAAGACAGGAGCCUACUGUAUCCCAGUUUUAGAACAAAUAGACCCAACUAAGGACUACAUCCAAGCAUUAGUCAUGGUUCCCACCCGAGAGUUGGCGUUACAAACUUCACAGAUCUGCAUUGAAUUGGCAAAGCAUCUUGAUAUCCGCGUGAUGGUCACAACAGGAGGCACCAUUCUAAAGGAUGACAUUCUUCGUAUAUAUCAAAAAGUACAAUUAAUUAUCGCGACUCCUGGACGAAUAUUAGAUUUGAUGGAUAAGAAAGUUGCUGAUAUGUCCCAUUGCAGGAUAUUAGUUUUGGAUGAGGCCGAUAAACUUUUAUCGCUUGAUUUUCAAGGCAUGCUGGAUCAUGUUAUUUUAAAAUUACCAAAGGAUCCACAGAUCUUGCUAUUCUCUGCAACAUUUCCACUGACUGUCAAGAAUUUUAUGGAGAAGCAUAUACGCGAGCCAUACGAAAUUAACCUGAUGGAGGAGCUAACGCUUAAGGGAGUCACUCAGUACUAUGCAUUCGUACAAGAGCGCCAAAAAGUACAUUGCUUGAACACAUUGUUUUCUAAGUUGCAAAUCAAUCAGUCUAUUAUAUUCUGCAAUUCCACGCAACGUGUUGAGUUGUUAGCUAAAAAAAUAACAGAACUUGGGUAUUGUUGUUACUAUAUUCAUGCAAAAAUGGCUCAGGCGCAUAGAAACCGAGUGUUCCACGAUUUCCGGCAAGGGCUCUGCAGGAAUCUGGUGUGCUCCGAUCUGUUCACCCGAGGUAUAGACGUACAAGCCGUCAAUGUUGUCAUCAACUUUGACUUUCCUCGAAUGGCCGAGACAUACUUGCAUCGAAUUGGUCGCUCCGGACGUUUUGGUCACUUGGGUAUCGCUAUUAAUCUGAUAACCUAUGAAGAUCGGUUUGACCUGCAUCGGAUUGAAAAGGAACUUGGCACCGAAAUAAAGCCUAUUCCCAAGGUCAUUGACCCCGCCCUGUAUGUAGCAAAUGUUGGCGCUUCCGUAGGGGAUACUUGCAACAACAGUGAUCUUAAUAAUUCGGCAAAUGAGGAAGGCAAUGUGAGCAAAUAAAGAUUGAAGAAACUGUAAUACUAGCUUCUGAAGUAGAGUUUGAACAUGAAAUCAAUAAAACCGAUGAAAUAUUUCAGAAAACAAAGGUAUUAAUAAAAUAAAUCCCUGGUUCACUUGGUCGAUUUUUUGACUUUGUGGAUUGGAAAGCAAA